ACAUUUUGUUUGGUUCACUACACUGAUCUCUCUCUCUCGCUCUCUCAUUCUCUCUCUCACUCUCUUUCUCUCUCUCCUUGAAUCAGUGACACACCUUCCUGCAUGUAGCUCAACUCUUCUCCUUAUCGCUCUCUCCGUCUGACGUUCGCUCUCACUUUCGCAUGCUUCAGAGGGAAGAUAGCAGACUGUUUCCUGACACUGACGGAACUCAACUCAGCCAGCGGCAACAAAAGGGAAGAUGAGCGGAUGAGUGAGAAUGGACAGGGAGCGCGGCAUAAAAGACAGGAGAUGAGACAGACACAGAGAGAGAGAGACAGAGAGACGAACAUCACUCCGUAGUCUCAGGAUAAGUCACACACAUUCCAGAGGAGGCUCGGGAUUCUUAUAAGACGAUGGCACACAGUGAGGAGGACCUCAUUGGGAUCCCCUUCCCGAAUCACAGCAGCGAAGUCCUGUGCAGUCUGAACGAACAGCGCCGUGAUGGCUUCCUCUGUGAUGUGGUCCUGGUGGUGAAGGACCAGGAGUACCGUACACACCGCUCCGUGCUGGCUGCCUGCAGCCAGUACUUCAAAAAACUCUUCACCGUGACCACGGGUGAUGGCGACCCCAGCCAUCAUGGUGUUUACGAGCUGGACUUUGUAGCACCCGAGUCGCUGACGGCAAUUUUGGAGUUUGCGUACACGUCGACGCUGACGGUGACUCCGUCCAACGUGAAGGAGAUCCUGGGUGCGGCACGGCUUUUGGAGAUCCCGUGUAUCAUUAAUGUAUGUUUGGAGAUCAUGGAUAGCGGUGGAGGGGGAGGUAACGGUGGUGGAGAAGGAGAAGGAGAAGAAGAGGAGGAUGAAGAAGAAGAUGAGGAAGAAGAGGAAGACGAGGAAGAAGAGGAAAUGGCAGAAGAGGCAGAGGACGACUCGAAAGACGGUGAGGUUGAGGAACAUGACGGGGACAAUGUCAGUGAACGAUCUCUCCAAGCAGGUGCUUCUGAAAAGCAUCAGAAUCGAAUUACUGGUGGUGAACGAGGAGCAGACAGUCCUGCGUGCAGCUCACAACAGAAAGUACAUUCAGAAAGAGACUUGCCAAACUCUCAGAGAUGCCAAUCACGUACCCCGGAAAAACCCAGAGAGCAAGAAGGACUGGAAGGCAGAGCGCUGAAAGACUUUUCCAUCGAGUCCCUGCUGCAGGAAGGGCUGUACCCAAAGAUGCCAGGAAUGGAGAGAGGGUCAGGGUUUACUUCUCUUCUACCUGGAUUCUAUCCUCCAAUUUGGGCUACAGAGUUUCCAGGCUUCCCGCAACUCCUGGAUCCCCAAUGCCCGCCUCACCCCUACUCGACUUCUUCGUUGGACAACGGGCCCUUGGAUCUUGCCAUCAAGAAAGAAGUCAUCAAAGAGGAACUAAAAGAAGAGCUCCCAGGUGCUCUGCUCCACAGAGAAUUCCUCAAAGACUUUGUUAGCCCAAGCGUCGGUGCGGCCCCUGAACCCCCUCUGGGCCAGAUUAAGGACGAAGCAGACCUGCGAAGCUACUUGAGUUUCCUCUCAGCAUCCCACCUAGGGUCGCUGUUUCCACCGUGGCAGCUAGAGGAAGAGCGUAAGCUUAAGCCCAAAGCAUCACAGCAGUGUCCCAUCUGCAACAAGGUCAUCCAGGGUGCAGGCAAACUACCUCGGCACAUGAGGACUCACACAGGCGAGAAACCCUACAUGUGUACCAUCUGCGAGGUCCGCUUCACAAGGCAAGACAAGCUAAAGAUUCAUAUGCGCAAGCACACAGGCGAGCGACCCUAUAUGUGCCUGCACUGCAACUCCAAAUUUGUGCACAACUACGACCUGAAGAACCAUCUGCGUAUCCAUACAGGUGUGCGACCCUACCAGUGUGAGCACUGCUACAAGAGCUUCACCCGCUCUGACCACCUGCACCGGCACAUCAAGCGCCAGAGCUGCCGCGUGUCACGUCCACGCCGGGGACGCAAGCCCUCCUCUUCCUGGCGCUCCUCCUCCGGCUUUUUCUACCCUCCAGAUGCCCACCCACUACAAGGAGACCAAACAUUACGUUUGCCAUCCCUUAGUGCACCGGUGCCCCCUCAACUCCCUGAAAGACGGCAGGAAUUAGACGGCGGCAGCAGAAGAGAGAAUCUGACCGACAGGAAGCUCAUCUCAGAGGAUGUGAACAGGAAGAGGGGGGUGUUUGCUUUUGCCCUGGCUAGGGAGGACGUUCUACCGCACCCAGCCUUUUACCCCCCGAACCCUGAUCCCUGGACCAUGAGACUUGAGCGAGUGCCACCUGUUCCUGAAGCUGCAAACUGACUGCUCGGAGUUUUUUCGGUCACGCACAACUCUUUGGUUAUUUUUCCUUAAUGUGACUGAGAAGAAUAGACACGUUCAAGUCUGGAACUUUCCCUGCAGUGGGUGUGCACUUGAGCAGAAAAUGCUUUCCUGAAUUUCUGAGACUUUGCAAAUCAUAUUGGCAAAUUGCUGAUUUUAACUGAUGUCUUUUUUUUUGUCGUUUAAUCGUCAGCUUUCUAAUGUGAUGCCAGGGAUUUUGAAAGGAUCAAAAAAUGGUUAAUAUCUUGGACAUGUAUUUGUAUUUAUGAUUCUUCUUGUUGUUUAUGGUUCUGUAUUUGCUAACAAGGGUAAAUUAAAGUGGGACUAAAACCUACCCACAGACUGUUAAGUGCAAUUCUUUUUUUUGUUCCAUUCCAAAGUUUUACAGGUAAGUCAGGUAUCUAAAGGGACCAUUAUCUUCCAUAACCUCUGUCGGAAGUAAGCUACAGGCGUAUCAGUGCUUCUGGAAAAGUCUCAACUCCAGCUACAUUCACUUAUACCACUAUGCAAAGAUUACACCAAUAAAUGUUUAGAUGAUAGAAAUUUUAUCACGAAUUAACGCCAAAAAAAAAAAAAACACAAAACAUACAGGAACAAGUCGAUGUUUUCAUGACAAAACAGAUUCAAAAAAUUAUAGUAAGCAAUAUGUUGCCUAAUUUAAUUUUACAUAUAUUAAAAAAAAGUCUAGAUUAAUUUUUAUCAUGACAACCAAUGCAAAAAAAAUCGUAUCCUUUUUAUUUGGAUUUUCUCUUAGACUCAACAUAUCUAGUUUACCCUUGAUUAGUGUCCAAUGCUUCGUAUGCACUAUUGUACAUAUUUUAUAUCAUGUUUUAUAUAAUCUUAUGGUGAAGUUGCUAAUUGUUGUAAAGUAUUCAGAACAUUGAUGAUUUUGAACAUUGAAAACACCCAAAGAUGUGUUGUAUGAGAACAAACUUGAAAGUCUUUUUAAAAAUCACAUUUUGAAAUCUCUUUAAAUGGCAUAACUAAAGUUGUUUAGUCUUUUUUUUUCUUUUCUUUUUCUAGCUAUGAGUUGCCGGUUGAAAGUGUCUUGCAGGUGCUUGUCAUGUACAGAAAUUAAAACAGGGACUGUGUCGGUCAUUUUGAUAUUAUCGUUCCUUGCUAUUGUACGUCAACGGUGUUUGAACUGCUAUGGAGAAAAUAUUUUCAAGCUAUUUAUGCAUAUUUAAAUAGGCCUUGGCUAUAUUUUGCUAAUAUGUUUUUAUAAAGACACUAAAAUGUCCUUGUUUGUCUGUACGAAAAAAAAAAAAAAAUUGGCAUUUUUCAUUUUUAAACAACAGAAAGUGUGCUUAUGUGAUGUUUACGUCAUUACCGAUCUCAAUUUAAACAAUCCUUACGAAGUGGAAAGAAGUCACUUAUUAAAAAGAAAAAUAAAAGCUUUCAAUUUCUCACUUCCUCUCUGAAACUACAGCAAAGUAAAGCCAACUUUCAUAUCCUUUAUGAGCAAAACAGUAACCUUUUUCAUCUAAAUCUGGGUUUGAGCUGUGAAAAUGUCCUGAUGUUAUAUAUAUAUAUAUAUAUAUAUAUAUAUAUAUAUAUAUAUAUAUAUAUAUAUAUAUAUAUAUAUAUAUAUGAACAAUAAUGAACCUACAAAACAAUUCUCUGUAUUUGACAAUGCUUUGAUUUAUAUAAAAUGACACACACUAGAUCUUUAGAGGGUAAAUACGCGACUCUCUAGAACAUCGAGGUGAUGAGUGAUGGAAAUAUAAUUGCACUAUGUGUUUUUGAAAGAACCGAGCAUAAACAUUUUUUUUUUAAGAAGUGGAAAAAAAACAGUCACAAUAUUUGAGAGAUGCACUUUACUUUAUACGAGGAUGCUCUCCAUCAGAGUUACCAGAAUAAAUGUGUGUUUUAUUUGCACAAUUAAAUUACAUCCCUGGAGCAAACUUCUGAAUGAAUUCAUUCAAGAUGUGGAACAAAGAAUAAAAAAGUUUUUUUUCACCA